GAUUGUUGUUGAGAAGGAAUAUUUAAUUUGCAAAGAAAGAAAAUUAUUUCAAGGGAAGGAAUGACGAAUGCUCCCGAAAGGCUGAGAAUGACCCCUGUCACGGAAGCUUCCAAGCGAACAAGCUACCGAUUGUCAAAAGCUGGCAUCUCAAGAUAUGCGCGUCUGGGACAUCACAAUGCAUACCUUAGGGCCAUGAACAACGUUACUUGCUGACGACCUCACUUUUGUUGGGCACAUUCUAAUUUCGCCAUGACCGACAUUACUCCUCUCCUUAACCAGUUGCUGAAGAGCCACGAUGCUCCGCCUACAGCAGACCCGGCCCUGACCUUGGCACACAUCGACAGCUUUCUGAAAGAAGCCUACGAAAUUAAUGCGGGCAUAGCUUCACUAAAUACUGAACUCAGAGGCAUACGACAAUCCUACCUUUCCACAGCAGCACCUCCCAGACGAACCGUCACAUCCUCGAAAGACAAACAAUGGAAAUACUUGACAGAUCGCCAAAGAGACCAGAUUGAUGCAGAGACGAAACAGUUACUGCGGGACCUAAACGCCCGCAUUCGGAUGUUGUCAGACGCAGAGUUGGUACGGCAGAACACCGAACAAACAAUACGGAAAAAGAGGUAUGCAAGAUUAGGUCUGGGAUCUCUAGGAAAAUGGGCUGCCGGCGGAAUUGGGCAAAGCAAGACACUGGAAGAGCAGCUCGACGAGGCAAAGGCGAAUGCAAUUUCGAUGCAUAGAGAAAACGUGCUGUGGUAUUUACGGCAGAAGCUACAAGAAUGUGGGACGUUCCAAGCCUCCAUGAUGGAGAAACGGAUACUGCGUGAGAUGGAGAAGAAUAAGAGUACACUCGCCAAGUCACGGAUGGAAAAUAUACCCAAGUUCUCAUUUGAUGAACCGAUAUCUCCUCAGAUGCACGCAUCUACAUCGAAGGCUCAUUUGGAAGCACAAGAGCUUUAUCCAGAAGAGGAGUUGACAGCGGAACAAAUCCAAGUCUUCGAGAAACAAAAUCAGGACAUGUUGAAACAUUACGAAAGUACACUAGAUCAAGUCAGGACGGCGGAAAAGUCUCUCAUCGAGAUCUCUGAGCUACAGACUCAGCUUGUCAACAAUCUGGCAACCCAGUCAGCACAUAUUGAUCAAUUGGUAACGGACUCGUAUUUGACGACUGAGAAUGUUGGUGGUGGUAAUAAGGAGUUGAAGAAGGCCAGUGAGAGGAAGAGUACGGCGAAAUACGUCUUCUAUGCCUCUUGUGGACUUAGUCUCUUCUUGGUGGUAUGGGAUUUAGUUAUUUGAGAUACUAAUACAUUCAUUGCAUCUGUGAAAUAAGGAACAUGCUAUUGAUCAUUGUCAGUGAGGUCGUGGGCUGAAAUGCUCAUAUGCAUGUCUCCAAACCAUGGAUUCUUGUGACCAGUAGAGGGAUCUGGACUAUGUCGAACUUGCUCUUUCUACCGGAGCGCCACGGCACGGACAGAUGAAACGGUGGUAUGUCAUUUGUAGUGUGAUCUUAGUUUUCUUGCCCAGUUAAAGUGGAUGAUGGUGUAGAU